AUGGCACUGGCCAAGGACCCUAUGCCUAAUGAUUCAACUUUGAGAUCAGUUCAAGCCGCCGCAUAUUAUGGAAAUAAUUUUGGAGGAUCAUCAUUUCAUGCUUCCAUGGAUCCUUCCGGCGAGCUUUAUGGAAUGGAUGAGCCACAAAAAACCGCAUUUCGAGAGGGCAAAAAAGCAGGCGUUUUUGUAAAGAAUUUCACUAUGAGCAAUUCUUCUUCAGUAUCCAGUCCAAGCAGCUCGAAUUCUAAUGGAUUAGGGUACAAAGUGAUACCAUAUCUGUCUGACGAAGGUCAUUCUGUGAUUAGCUUCAAACCUGAGUAUGGUAAUUUUAUGCAAACCGGUGGAUCAUUGCUUAUUUUUGAGGAAAGUAAAGGCUUGAAAAUGAUUAAUCAACAAUAUGAUUAUUCAGUCUGGGAAGACAAUUUGCACCAUAAUUAUCAGAAUCAGCUGAAUCACAAGUGCAGCAGCACCGCUCACAGCCUAUUGGAAACACCUGGCGGCUACGGCUCCCCGGGAAGUGGAGGGCAAUUUGGGUGGCUAAAUCCUGAGGCAAAUACACAUACCAAUGGCAUUCAGGAGAAUGCUAGACAAGAAACAGGCUCGAGUAAACGCCAAAUCACGGGAGAGAAUGUGCAGGCUCAUAAGAAGCAAUGCAGUGUUGGUUCAAAGAAUAAACCCAAUCCAAACUCAACACCUGCGAAGGAUCCACAAAGUAUUGCAGCAAAGAAUCGAAGAGAGCGGAUCAGUGAGCGGCUUAAGAUACUCCAAGAUCUUGUCCCCAAUGGCUCCAAGGUUGAUUUGGUUACUAUGCUGGAAAAAGCAAUCAGUUAUGUCAAGUUUCUCCAAUUGCAAGUGAAGGUACUGGCAACUGAUGAAUUUUGGCCAGCGCAAGGCGGAAAAGCUCCUGAGCUCUCUCAGGUUAAAGAAGCCAUUGACGCCAUACUCGCGUCUCAAGUAGACAGGAAUUCAAGCUCAAAAUGA